AAUACGCGCGGCAGUGGCGGCGGCGGCGGCCAAUGAGCACAGCGGGGGUGGGGCCCGGCGCCCGAACCUGGUUCCCGAGGCGCGGCGGCCGCGGCUGGGGGCGGGGAGGGGGGCGCAGGACCCCAGGCGGGGGUCCCGGAGCCGGAGGGCCAGUUCCCGUGCCCCCAGCACCAUGGCUUCCUGCGCCGAGCCCUCGGAGCCCAGGGCCCCGCCGCCGGCUGGGGUCCCGCCGCUGGAGGACUUUGAGGUGCUGGACGGGGUGGAGGAGGCCGAAGCGGAGGAGGAGGAGGAGGAGGACGAUGACCUGAGCGAGCUGCCGCCACUUGAGGACAUGGCACAGCCCCCGCCGGACAAGGCCGAGGAGCAGCCGGGGGCCCUGGCCCGGGAGUUCCUGGCUGCCAUGGAGCCGGAGCCCGCCCCGGCGCCGGCCCCCGAGGAGUGGCUGGACAUCCUGGGGAACGGGCUGCUGAGGAAGAAGACCCUGGUCCCCGGGCCGCCCGGCUCGAGCCGGCCCUCCAAGGGCCAGGUGGUCACGGUGCAGCUGCAGACGUCGCUGGAGAACGGCACGCGCGUGCAGGAGGAGCCCGAGCUGGUGUUCACCCUGGGCGACUGCGACGUGAUCCAGGCCCUGGACCUCAGCGUCCCGCUCAUGGACGUGGGUGAGACGGCCAUGGUCACUGCUGACUCCAAGUACUGCUACGGCCCGCAGGGCAGCAGGAGCCCCUACAUCCCCCCGCACGCGGCCCUGUGCCUGGAGGUGACGCUGAAGACGGCGGUGGACGGGCCGGACCUGGAGAUGCUCACGGGGCAGGAGCGCGUGGCCCUGGCCAACCGGAAGCGGGAGUGUGGCAACGCCCACUACCAGCGGGCGGACUUCGUGCUGGCCGCCAACUCGUACGACUUGGCCAUCAAGGCCAUCACCUCCAGCGCCAAAGUGGACAUGACCUUCGAGGAGGAGGAGCAGCUGCUGCAGCUGAAAGUCAAGUGUCUGAACAACCUGGCGGCCUCGCAGCUGAAGCUGGACCACUACCGCGCGGCGCUGCGCUCCUGCAGCCUGGUGCUGGAGCACCAGCCCGACAACAUCAAGGCGCUCUUCCGCAAGGGCAAGGUCCUGGCUCAGCAAGGGGAGUACAGUGAGGCCAUCCCCAUCCUGCGGGCGGCCUUGAAGCUGGAGCCGUCCAACAAG